AUGCUGAACCGCCCUGCGCCCGCGCUGGCCCCGGCCGCCUGGCUGCUGUUGGCCGGGCUGCUGUGCGGCGGCGGGGUCUGGGCCACGCGAGUUAACAAGCACAAGCCGUGGCUGGAGCCCACCUAUCACGGCAUAGUUACGGAGAAUGACAACACCGUGCUGCUCGAUCCCCCCUUGAUCGCCCUGGAUAAAGAUGCACCUCUGCAUUUUGCAGAGAGUUUUGAGGUGACAGUCACCAAAGAAGGUGAGAUUUGUGGCUUUAAAAUUCACGGGCAGAGUGUCCCCUUUGAUGCAGUGGUGGUGGACAAGUCCACUGGUGAGGGCGUGAUUCGCUCGAAAGAGAAACUGGACUGUGAGCUGCAGAAAGACUACUCGUUCACCAUCCAGGCCUACGACUGUGGGAAGGGACCCGAUGGCACCAACGUGAAAAAGUCUCAUAAAGCAACUGUUCACAUUCAGGUGAACGACGUGAACGAGUACGCGCCUGUGUUCAAGGAGAAGUCCUACAAGGCGACGGUCAGCGAGGGGAAGCAGUACGACAGCAUCCUGAGGGUGGAGGCCGUGGACGCAGACUGCUCCCCACAGUUCAGCCAGAUCUGCAGCUACGAGAUCGUCACUCCAGACGUGCCGUUCACCGUCGACAAAGACGGUUAUAUAAAAAACACAGAGAAGUUAAACUAUGGGAAAGAACAUCAGUAUAAGCUGACCGUCACUGCCUAUGAUUGCGGGAAGAAAAGAGCCACGGAAGAUGUUUUGGUGAAGAUCAGCAUUAAGCCCACCUGCACCCCUGGGUGGCAAGGAUGGAACAACAGGAUCGAGUAUGAGCCUGGCACGGGCGCCUUGGCGGUCUUCCCAAACAUCCACCUGGAGACGUGCGACGAGCCAGUCGCCUCCGUGCGGACCACGGUGGAGCUGGAGACCAGCCACAUCGGCAAAGGCUGUGACCGGGACACCUACUCCGAGAAGUCCCUUCACCGACUGUGUGGUGCUGCCUCUGGCACGGCCGAGCUGCUUCCUUCCCCGAGCAGCGCCGCGAACUGGACCGUUGGGCUCCCCACCGACAACGGCCACGACAGUGACCAGGUCUUUGAAUUCAACGGCACUCAAGCAGUGAGGGUCCCGGACGGCAUUGUCUCGGUCAACCCGAAAGAGCCUUUUACGAUUUCUGUGUGGAUGAGACACGGGCCUUUCGGCAGGAAGAAGGAGACGAUUCUUUGCAGUUCAGACAAAGCAGAUAUGAACCGGCACCGCUACUCACUCUACGUCCACGGGUGCCGGCUUAUCUUCCUGCUCCGCCAGGAUCCUUCCGAGGAGAAGAAAUACAAACCUGCGGAAUUCCACUGGAAGUUGAAUCAGGUCUGUGAUGAGCAGUGGCACCACUAUGUCCUCAACGUGGAAUUCCCAAGUGUGACUCUCUACGUGGACGGUGUUUCUCAUGAGCCCUUCUCUGUGACUGAGGAUUACCCACUUCAUCCAUCCAAGAUAGAAACUCAGCUUGUGGUUGGGGCGUGCUGGCAAGAGUAUUCAGGAGUUGAAAAUGACAAUGACACUGAGCCUGUGACUAUGGCCUCUGCAGGUGGUGACCAGCACAUGACCCAGUUUUUCCGAGGUAACCUGGCUGGCCUGACACUCCGUUCUGGGAAGCUCGCAGAUAAGAAAGUGAUUGACUGUCUGUAUACCUGCAAAGAGGGGCUGGACCUGCAAGUCCCCGAAGACAGUGGUGUGCAGAUCCAAGCAAGCCCCAGUCAGUCGGUGUUGACCUUGGAGGGAGAAGACGUCGGGGAGUUGGACAAGGCCAUGCAGCACGUUUCCUACCUGAACUCUCGGCAGUUCCCUACGCCCGGAAUCCGAAGACUGAAAAUCACCAGCACGGUCAAGUGUUUUAACGAGGCCGCCUGCAUCUCGGUGCCCCCGGUAGAGGGCUACGUGAUGGUUUUACAGCCUGAGGAGCCCAAGAUCAGCCUGAGUGGCGUCCACCACUUUGCACGAGCAGCUUCUGAAUUUGAAAGCUCAGAAGGGGUUUUCCUUUUUCCCGAGCUCCGCAUCAUCAGCACCAUCACCAGAGAAGUGGAGCCCGAAGGGGAUGGGGCUGAGGACCCCACAGUUCAAGAGUCACUGGUGUCCGAGGAGACGGUGCACGACCUGGAUGCCUGCGAGGUCACGGUGGAGGGAGAGGAGCUGAACCACGAGCAAGAGAGCCUGGAGGUGGACGUGGCCCGCCUGCAGCAGAAGGGCAUCGAAGUGAGCAGCUCAGAGCUGGGCGUGACCUUCACAGGCGUGGACACCAUGGCCAGCUACGAGGAGGUCUUGCACCUCCUGCGCUAUCGGAAUUGGCACACCAGGUCCUUGCUUGACCGGAAGUUCAAGCUCAUCUGCUCGGAGCUGAAUGGCCGCUACAUCAGCAACGAAUUUAAGGUGGAGGUGAACGUCAUCCACACGGCCAACCCCGUGGACCAUGCCAGCCACAUGGCCGCCCAGCCGCAGUUCGUGCACCCUGAGCAUCACUCUUUCGUCGACCUCUCUGGUCACAACCUGGCCAGUCCCCACCCGUUCGCAGUUGUCCCCAGCACUGCGACCGUUGUGAUUGUGGUGUGUGUCAGCUUCCUGGUUUUCAUGAUCAUCCUGGGAGUGUUCCGGAUCCGUGCCGCGCACCAGCGCACGAUGCGGGACCAGGACACCGGGAAGGAGAACGAGAUGGACUGGGAUGACUCCGCCUUGACCAUCACCGUCAACCCCAUGGAGACGUACGAGGACCAGCACAGCAGUGAAGAGGAGGAGGAGGAAGAGGAGGAGGAGGAGAGCGAGGACGGAGAGGAGGAGGACGACAUCACCAGCGCAGAGUCGGAGAGCAGCGAGGAGGAGGAGGAGCAGGGCGACCAGCAGAGCGGGAGCAGGCAGCAGCAGCUGGAGUGGGACGACUCGACCCUCAGCUACUGACCGCGCCCGAGGCCUCGUUCCUGUCCUCCCAGCCCCAAGGGUCCACGAUGUACAAAGUCAUUUCGGCCAGUAGGUCUGCAGACCCCUCGCUGCCCGUCCGCCGUGCUUGGUGUGUAGGACGUAGGCUCCCGCCCGCCCCCGCCCGGAUCGCUCUCUUCAGUCCCGCGAGGCGCCGUCGCCUCCCCGGCCACGCCUGCCUCUCCCAGGGGCCCCGCAGCGCCAGGGGCCCCACACGUGCAUCUGGCGUCCGCUCCUGGUCGCGAGAGGACACUGGCCCCUCACACUCCAGAAAAGCCACGAUGACCGGACUUGGUGACAAAGGGUAAAAAUUGCUCACUUCCACCUGGUAAUCAUUUUUUUUUUUUAAAGUUUUUAUUUUUUCCAAACUAGUGCAUGUAUAAAUAAUGGCAGAAUGGGGGUUAAUAUGUAGACGAUUAACUGACUUUUUAAUAUUUUGUAAAUAAAUCGGGAUUCCUCGUGUCC